AUGGAUAAUCAAUCAUACUCAUAUGAAUACACAAAAGAAGAGUUAAAGGGAUAUGAUUCAACAAGAUUACAACAAAUUUGUAGUGAUAGAAAGAUAGGAGGAGGAAGCUUAUCAAAAAAAAAGAAGGAAUCAAUCCUUUUAAUAUUAAACAAUCAAGAACAAAGAAAGAAUCAAGCUUUAUUGGAAGCACCAACCAAACAAUAUUAUGUUGGUACUGUCAAUUAUGCACUACCAGUACAGCUCAUCAUCAAGAUAUUUAGAUUUACUUGGGAUGAGUUAUUAGAUAGUCGACAAGAAGUUGAUUUGUCGUUACCAUUGAUCACUGAUAGACAGACCAGAUAUCGAAUGGCACUCUACUUGGCAUCGGUCAACAAACAACUAUUCAAUGUUGUAUCAACCUUUGGAUCAUCUCUUCAACUCUCCUAUUGUGACUUGGACCACAUGACACUGGUAUCUUGGAACGCUCUCAAACGACCUACAUCAGUUACAAUGAUACAUUACAACUUUGAUCGAAUCUUUUCAACCAAGUAUCCAAGUGUCCAAGAAACAGAGAUAUUAUCGGGUGUCACCAAACUAUCUGUAUUCUAUGGGAGCUUUGGCAUUAGCAAACAGUCACUCGUUCAAAUGAGCAACAUGUUGCAAGGAUUGGUUAGUUUUACAGCUGGAAUGAUGGUGUUGGACAAGAGCGACUUUAAAGUACUCGCUAGUAUUCAAACAUUGGUCAAGAUCAAUAUUAAAUACAUUACUUAUGAACCUGAAUGGAUCUACCAAAAAGGUGGUGACUUGGUAUUAGAGUUGGUCAAGUUGCUGGAUCGUCCAAUGAUCAAACUCAUCAUGCCCGUCAAAUAUAGAUUAGGUUUGACGGUCAACCCCAUCCUUCAAGACUCUGUCGAAACGUAUGGAGCAGCCUCUUUUGGAGAGGAACAACUGGUGAGUUACAAGAACCUCAGAAAGUUUAUUUGUUCAGGCAAUCAAACUCUCUCCAACAAUCAUAAUAAUAUGAGUCAUCUCAACAACAUUACACAUCUAUGCGCAGAGUUAGCACUUAGAGAAACCAACUCAAAGGAGAAUUGGAUCAAAGUCAUCUCCUCAUUUUUUGUAUCAUUGACAACAUUGGAGAACCUAUCCAAAAAAAAUACCAAUCCAAAUGGUAGCUUGGAUUUUGAAAUUGCAUCAAGAAUAUCAAAUCCAUUAUUCAAAUAUUAUAUUGUUCGAAUUCAAGAUUUAAAAACUUUAUCAUCAUCGUCUUGGUCAUCAUCUUCUUCUAUAUAUUCCUCUUCUUCAUCUUCCAACUCUAAUGGACAUCGUAAAAUGGCUGCAACUCCUGAUAAUUUUGAUAAUUCUAAAAAAAAAUAG